AUAGUGUUCCGCACGGACCGGUUCCGGGCGGGUUCUUUAAGGAUCCGGACCCGAACCGAAAAAUCGGGUCGAGUCCAAAUAGGGUCCCGGAACCGAAAAAACCCGGAACCGACCCGAAAGACCCGAAAUACAAUGCGUUUAUUUGA